AUGUCAGACGAGGGUCUUCAUGACCCCUUUGAAGUAUUUACAGGCGCAACUGGAAAUUCCGGAAAUGAACGCCCGUGGACUCAAACACAUUUUGACUCCAUGUUGGAGAUUUUGCCUGAAAAUUUAGAUAUAGACGUUGCUUCAAGACAAGAGACGAAAUCUCCUACCUCAAUGCCAUUUGACUUUCCAGAGGAACCUAACAAAUUAGCCAACGAACCAGCUUUCCAUCUACAUAAAGAAAAUGAGAAUAAUAGCGACCAAAAGAGUAGACCGAUAGAUAUCGUUCCUAGUGGAAGUAAGAAUACGCAAUCGUCAACUGCAGGUCAGUUGAUGGGAAAUGACCUGAAUUUACAGAACGGUGAAAUUGCCCAGCUUUGGGAUUUUAACGUUGACGAGUUUAUGAUGACCCCAAGCGAACACAGCGAUUCUGCUACCAUUAGUGCACCAUCUUCGUUUAACUCAGAGCAUUUUACACCAGGAUCUUCAAUAACGGGUUUCCACACGACAUCUAUGUCCAAUAUACACUCCAUAACCCAGAGUAACCCUGCAAAUUCUCAUAUACACAAUAAUUGGAAUCAUAUGCUGCAUCAACCUCAGCAUCACGACUUCGCUAAUUCAAAUUUAAGUUCGAACAACAACAGCAACAGCAACAGCAACAACAACAACAACAGCAACGAUAACCCCACUUCCUCCUCUGCGUACUCAUCUCAACAUCAUAGUCUUUUUCAAAAUAGCAAUUCAAGUCAGUCUACAAUCAAAGCAGAUGAAUAUUAUAAUAAUAAACCUCAAAUGUCACGUAGGUCAAGCUCCAGGUCCCUGCUACUGAAAAACGAUAUUGGUGAAGAUGGAGCUCUCCCGUUUUCAUCGCAUACAACUACAAACUUGGUAAAAAAAAACUCUACUAUGAAGGCACUGCCGACAAAUUCCCUUCCUCAGUAUAGACGAGGAUCAUCAACUAAUCUACAGAGUAUGAAUGGCGUAUCUACUACAAAUGGUGCAAAGACCAACAAGCCGCCAACACAAUGCUAUAACUGUAAGACGUUAAAAACACCACUUUGGAGACGUGAUCCGGAAGGUAAUACUCUCUGUAAUGCUUGUGGACUUUUUCAAAAGUUGCAUGGUACGAUGCGUCCAUUGUCCUUAAAGAGCGAUAUUAUUAAGAAAAGAAACACGAAAAAGAGAACCAAAAAGGACGAGAAAGCAGCGGCAUCAACAUCAGCAUUGGGAUCCAAUAACCAAUCUCUUCUUCAAGCUCAAAAUCGUUCAAAACAACAAUCCCAAUCCGAAAAUGAAAGGACAAAUCUUUCAGAAAGACCACAGUCUAAAUCCCAUAAAUCAGGUCCAAUUUCUCAAUCAAAUCAAACAUUUAACCAACCCCCCGCAUUAAACCAGAAUUCACUAAACCAUCACAACAAAAAAGUACCUGGGAAAUCACGCCGUUCUUCGACGUCAUCUUCGACAUCGAGUAAAUCAUCAUCUUCAAGAUCCGUUGUUCCUAUUCUUCCAAAGCCUUCUCCCGGGUCAAGAGAUAACAGUUUACAACAAUUCCAAUAUCAGAUGCAAAUUCAAAUGCAAGUUUCUCAACCAAACAGUGCAGCAUCAUCUCCAAGAUAUUCUAAUUCGCCCAGGUUUUAUCCAACGUCUCCAUCAACGGGCAUUGGUGUUGUGAUCCCUCGGCGCAAGUCUUCCAGGACAGUUGUUUCUCAAUCAUCGUCAUUUAUGGCACAAUCAUUACAGCAGCUUCAGCAUCAACAACAUCAGCAGCAUCAUUCCUCAAACACUCACUCUCCGAGCGUUCCUGGUCCAAUAAAUUCGCAGAAUACAGCAUCUGGAGGCCAUAAUAACCCUAAUGGGAGUUUAUCAACAUCAAACCACUCGUCAAGUAAUGCAACUAUUUCUGCCCCAAAUUCGUGGGCAAAUCAUUCAGUAUCACAAAAUCAAAAUGUCACUUCACCGCCCUCUUCUUCUAAAUCACCUUUCGAAUUAUUUGCAAGCUCAAACUCUCAGGCUAAAAAAUCUCAUAAGUCCCUACUAUCGCAGCAAUUGCAAAAUUCUUCCAGUUCUCCUUCCAAUUCCCCAUCAUUUACGGACAGUGCAUCAUCUGGUAACCUUUUGUCUCAAACUCCUCCACACCAUCAUGCUCAGUCACAACUCUCCUCCACACCUUUGGCUACUGCUUCACCUAGAAGUAGUUAUGUCGACACUCUUCAACAGCAACGGGGAAUCAUACAAUAUGAACAGCAACAACAGCAGCACCAUAUAUCCAGAAGAAAAAACCCCAGCUCUAGACAGUCUAGCUCUUCCCUUUUCGAUGCUACUCCACCCUCUUUACCUAAAUCGAAGAAAGAGAGUAGUUUAAUGGAUGAUCUAGAUUGGCUAAAAUUUGGCAUGUAA